AAACAUGGGAUGUGCAUGCGGGCGGCCGUUGCCCGACGAAAAUCGUCCAGGGUGUGAAAGCGUCGACGAUAACAUCAACACUGUGCUGUGUGGCGGUGGACGAAAUGACAAUGCCUCGAUAACUUCAUCUGGGCAGCAACUACGCGGUUCGACGGCCUCAUCUUCGUCUGGCCGACAUAAGAACCAUGGUCCUUCUAACAUGAAUUGUAGCUCAACAAGGGUCGUGAUGAAGAUGGACGGCAAUAGAGGUGGCGCAGACCGCGCAGCGACGUCAAGCACUAGAUCUUCCGCUAAUAUUGUCGUGAUAAAUGGUGGUAGUCGUGGAGGUCGUGGUUCUCAGCUACAACCAGGGACGCGUCAUCAAGGGCAGCAACAACAACGUGCUCACUUAAUAGGACGACCGAGGAGAGGAUCGUGUGGCGUGGGUUCAGAUGACGAUUCGCCGGGCAGCUCAUCCACCUCAUCGUCGACGUCGUCGUCUAGUACCGGUUCGUCUUCUUCCUCUUCUUCCUCUAGUGCGGAUGACGUCCGCCCAACAGAAAGUUGCGACUUCGUAGGAGCUUUCGUACUGCAAUGCAUAGUGCGCAGUGCGGCUUUUCGGCAGCAACUUGUGGGUCCGGAAGCAGCAGGCGAGAUGGAAAGACUUUGGAAUGCUGGGCGGUGGAUAGAACAUGAUGCGAAAAAAACUCUUGAUACGGAUGCUGUAGCUGAACAUGAAGGUGAAAAUCUUUUAGCUGCUCAAGAUAUUCUUACCACAGCCAGCAUUCCCAGCGCCGCUUGCGCUUCUGCAGCCUCACAAGGGGGAGAUCAAGAUGAAUCCAUUGGCACUGCAUUUCGAGACGAUUUGUGCAUCCGCCAUAGUGCUCUUCGGUCGAUGCGGCUCGCUUUUUUGGCUGCUUAUGCCUGGCGAACUAAGGUUGCACGAGCUAUUCUUUCACCAGCGAUGCUAGAGAUGCAGGAAGAGGACCAGAUGAUCCUGAGCGAGAGACAAGACGAGAUGGAACUAGGCGCUGAGGCAAGAAGGAAAAUAAGUGUUGAAGUGGACAACGACGUUGGACAUGUUACUCUUGACGGUGAAGAGACCAAAUGGAAGGUGAAGGACGAAGACAUCGAUGUAGACGGCUACGCUGCUCAUGAAGAAUUACGUGUUGCCGGAGAGAAGGCCAAAGAGGCUUACAACCUCGCAGUCACGAAGAGAGCAGCGAUACUGGUAUCGGAGCUCUCAGAAAUCACGGGGGAAACGGAAGUCACGCGAGCAUGCUUCGCUUUUGUGAGUGCCGCACUAUCGUCCUGCGAAGCUCGUCCUGAGGAGC